AUGGCAAUGGCUCUUCAUCAGGGAUUGUACACAAUCCUCACCGUUAUUGCGUUCAUUGUACUCUUUCCGAAAGCACUGGAAAUCCCGACCUCGCAGGUUGGAUUUCGUUAUUUUUCGCAAAGGGAGGCGGCAUUUCUACCCCGAAGAGUGAUUGAAGAUGAUCCCACGAAAGCUAGGAGACGAGCUUCUAUAUCACUGCGACAACUAAAAGAAGCGGCAACUAAUUGGAUGAUAUAUCCUCACCUACAUCUCCGAUUCGCAAUGCUUACCCUCUCCAUCGCCUUUUAUGCCGUACAUCAUCCCAUCAACGGUUCAUGGUUGGCCGUAGAUAGUCGCUCAGCAGAAGAAAGAUCUAUUACAAUGGCCAUGUUCAACAUGGCAGCAAAUGCAACAGGCAUUGCCGGUAGCCAAAUUUUCCGACAGAAAGACAGAUCCCUCUAUGUGAUUGGGUGCACGAAAAUGUCCGAACGGCCCAAUUUCCUCAUUCCCGUCGCUGAUGACCUCGGAUUUUCUGACGGUGGAGCUUUGGGAGAGGAGUCAAUACCCCCUAACCUGGACUAUCUCGCAAGGGAUGGACUACGGCUCACAGAUUUCCAUGCGGCAUCGGCAAGUUCACCGACGAGGUGCAUGUUGCUGAGUGGGACGGAUGAUCAUACUGCGGGUGUUGGCGCCAUGAUUAAGACUAUCCAGGAGCUUCAUAGGGGAAAGCUGGGUUACAAAGGAUAUCUGAGAGGUAGAGUUGCUGCUGUUCCUGAAAUACUUCGAGAUGCGGGCUAUUAUACGGUUACGUCAGGGAAAUGGCACCUGUGUCUUACCCCGGAUCAGUAUGUGUCAAAAAAGGGGGUUUGA